AUGCGGAGGACGCGUGGUCUUCCACGUCGAGACUAUAAUGCUCUACAUAAUGGCCUGGUUUCGUCACCUUCGGAGCAGUCUAAGGAGUCUGCGUGUGGAACAGGACGCCGUUACUCUCCUAAGCCCUCCCCAUCUAUGAACACCGAAGACACGCCUCGGACGAAACAGUCUUAUUCUUUGCCUAGCUCUUCGCCCUCCCCGCUUGAUCUUGCGUUUUCGGAAAGCAAGAGCAAUACGAGUAGUCCGCAGCCCCAUAAAAGACGAAAAACCAAGUCGUAUUCUAUGAGCACUUUAGGACCAUAUAUUUGGAUAGCACUUGGUGACGGCAAGAGAUUCGGCGCGCUAUGGUUCAACUUCGAAUUUACCAAGCAUCGUAUCAAGUCUAGGGCCGACUCCAUCUUCUUACCCGCGGUCGGAGGAAGCCUCGACCGGUUCUUGAAGUCGCCGAGAAAGAAGGCUAGCGUUAAAGAAAUGCUAGUCCGAUGGGUCAUUCAAACAAGACAGCCUUUCACAGUGGUGGAGCAUCCGGCUUUUAAGGCACUCAUUGAAGCAAUAGGGGCUCCUUUGCCUAUCAAGAGUGCUGGUACUGUUUUCAACCGAAUCAAAGAAAAAUUCCAUUUAAGUAGGGCUUACGUGAAAGAGGAGCUUACUGGGAGCAGCCGCACACUCGCUUUAUCUCUUAACAUAACCCCCAAUUUUGAAAAGCGAGAUGAAUAUCUCGAGUUCACCGAGAUCAAUGGACCGCAUUCUAGAGAGAAUCUAGCGUAA